CUAAAACAGAAGAACUUAUCACGGAAGACGCCACGCCUUCUCUUUUCCUCUUCCAUUGCCGUGCUCGAUCACUGUCGAUCCUUUUCCUCCCUCGCCGGCAAAGUUCUUACUCAUCGUGCUUGCGUCUUCAAGAUCGACCAAAAUUUCGUCGUCUGUUCAUCCGAUUGAUCCCCUUUUUGAGAGCGCAUCGUAACUUGGAUUGCUCUCUACGUCGACCACAUCGUCUGCCCAAUUCGAGGGGUACGCUAGCUGCGAUGACGAGGAGGGAGGCGGCGCCGCUCCUCCCGGCGAUGAAAUCGCUUCUAAUGGACGACGGCGACGAGAUCCGCAGCCUCCGGUCCUGCCUCCGGUGGAUGUGCCUCGACCAGUCGAACGCCGGCCGGUCGGUGGUCUCGUGGGUGGUCUUCUUGGUUUUCGGAGUGGCAGUCCCCGCCGUGUCCCACUUCGUCCUCUCCUACCGUCCGCACCGUCGUCCUUAUGACCUCGUCGUCCAGCUUUCCCUCAGCGCCGCCUCGGCCCUCUCCUUUAUCUCCCUCUCCGCCUCCACCCCUAGCGGCGGCCUCCGCCGCUUCAUCUUCUUAGACAAGGUCGCCGCGCAGAGCGCGCGCGCGUCCGCGCGGCGUAUUCCGCCCAGCUCCGCAGGUCGUUUCGCUUCCUCUCUCUUUUCCUGGCGUCCUGCUUCGCCGCGGAGGUGGCCUACAAAAUCUGGUGGUACGCGUUCAGCGCCGAUCGGAUCCCCUUUUGGAAGAACCCGGUGGCGACAGGGUGCGUGGCGUGCUUGCUGGAGCUGACGUCGUGGGCGUACCGGGCGGCGAGCUUCCUUGUGGCUUGCGCGGUGUUCCGGUCCGUCUGCCACCUCCACAUCCUGCGUCUGCAGGAAUUCGCGGCAGUAUUCCAGGAGGAAUCGGAGGUGAUGCCGGUGCUGAAGGAGCACCUCCGCUUGAGGCGGCAGCUCAAGGUCGUAAGCCACCGAUUCCGCGGCUUCAUCCUCUCGGGCAUGGCGAUGGUGACGGCCAGCCAAUUCGCCGCCGUCUUGGUCACCACCCGACCGCACUCCGACGACAAUCUCUUCAACACCGGCGAGCUCGCACUCUGCUCAAUUGUCCUCGUCGCCGGGUUACUCACAUGCUUGCGCAGCGCGGCCAAGAUCACCCACAAAGCUCAAGCACUCACGAGCCAUGCAGCAAAAUGGCACGUCUGCGCUACCAUCGAGUCCUACGCCAUCGAUCCAGAGACACCCUGUGAAGCCAUUUCCACGCCCACUCCCCAAUUGCCCGCAGCCGAAAUCGACGACUACUCGGACGACGACGAAGGAGGCAGCGAGGAGGACGAACUCGAAGACACAAAGAUCGUGCCGACGCACGCGCACACCAUUUCCUUUCAACAGAGACAAGCACUUGUGACGUACUUGGAGAAUAACAGAGCAGGGAUUACCAUAUUUGGGUUCACAGUGGAUAGGACAUGGCUUCACACAGUGUUUAUGCUCGAAACUAGUCUGUUCUUGUGGCUUCUGGGCAAGACGAUAGGGAUCUCCUAAAACCGAUCCAGGAAUAAUGACUGCGGGUUCAGUAGUGGAGCAGGUUCAAGGCUUCAUUUUUUUUUCUUCUGAUUUUGGAGUUAGAAAUAUUGUUGUAUCGGGUAGCUUUUCAAAUAUGGAUUAUGAGUUUUGGUUGAAGGGUUGACAAUGUAAAUUACAUAUAUAUAUUUUUUAUUUUACAAACUCAUCCUUUUUGAUGUAAAUCCUUUUUUUUUUUAAUUUUCAAUAUUUAAAUUA